UCAAAACAUGACUACCAACCCGUUUACUAUCGCACAAACCGAUCAAAAUCGUCAUGUCGUGGCAAAUCGUCUUAUCAAAUCCGGUGAAGUAAUCCUUACCGAAACUCCCUUUGUUUACGGCCCAAAAUCAGGAUCMCCCGUUUUGUGUCUUGGUUGUUUCGAAUGCGUUGACUCAAAAACAUACUGUACGAAAUGCUCAUGGCCGGUUUGUGGACCCGAAUGCGAAGCAUUAUCUAGUCACAAAGACAACGAAUGUGAAAUUUUCGCUAAAAAUUGUGUGAAAUUUCAAGACGUGGACGACCCGUACGAUGUUUGUUUGCAAUACGAGGGUAUAACACCCCUGAGGAUGCUUCUAGCGAAGGAAAAAGAUCCGAAACGGUGGCUGGAGGAAAUCGAGGGGUUGGAGUCCAAAAAUGAGAUUCGCAAAAUUAAUACCAAAAUUGUGGACUUUGUCCGAAAUGUGUGCAAACUGGAGUUUUGUGACACUUUAAUACACACCAUUUGUGGGAUUCUCGAAGUCACUGCGAUAGAUGUGAGGGCCUCUUCGGGGUAUUUGAUUCGUUGUUUGUAUCCGAAAUUAUCACUAAUUUCGCACAAUUGUGUCACAAAUUUGUUUCAAACUGUGACUCCCAACGAUUUCAAAAUCACACUCCGAGCAUCUGUGAAUAUUCCUGAAAACCACGAGUUAUUCUAUAACUACGUUUACCCCCUUUGGCCCACUCUAAUCCGACGCGAUUUUUUGAAAGAAAACAAAUAUUUGGAUUGUCAAUGUCGAAGAUGUAGUGACAAAACCGAGCUUGGGACACAUCUAAGCACCCUGAAGUGUAGCAAAUGCGAUAAUGGUGUAAUUCUGAGCACUGAUCCUUUGAACGAUUCCUGCGACUGGAAUUGCACUCAUUGCGAGUUCAAAACCAACGCUGUUUCAGUCCGAAAAGUCUACAAAAUAGUCCAGAGUGAAAUCGAAGCUAUUCAAAUGGUUUCAGGGGCUGAAGGAAUCGAGCAACGCGAGGCUAUUUUCAGGAAAUAUCGUUCAGUUUUCCACCCGAAAAACGCCUACAUGUCUAUACUUCGUGUCGACUUGACGCAAUUAUACGGACGAGCUCCUGGUUACACCAUUCAUGAACUCCCGGAUUUAUUACAGGAACAUAAAGUGGAGUUGUGUUAUCAAUUAUUGGAAGUUUUGGAUGUGGUUGAGCCUGGAGUUUCGAGACUUCGGGGAAUCACACUCUAUGAGCUUCAUGCCCCUUUGAUUUCACUCGCGAGGAAUGAGUACAAGUCGGGGUUGAUCACUCGGGAGGAUUUCAGGAGGAAAAUGCAAGACGCUGUGGAGCUGCUUGAAAAGUCUGUGGAAAUUUUAAAGUGGGAACCGGAAAAUUCAAUCGAAGGGGAAUUGGCGAUUGUGGCGAAACAAUCGUUGGAGAAUUUGGUACAAAAUUUUGAUUUACUCAUCCAAACUGCGUGAUUUAUUGUGACAAGUGUAAUAAAAUCUAUUUUUUUCUCUUGUU